GAUAAUAAUGAUGAUGAAGAUGAGGAUAAUUAUGUGAUAUCUGUAUGUGAUUUAUCCACCGGGGGAACAGCAGAUAAUCAGGGAAACGGGAGCGGUUUAACGUAUUGUGAGGCUGUCUGUGGGCCAGAAUGAGCUCGUCUCCGGUGGUUUCCCGCGACAUUCUGGAGGAGCUGCAGCUCUUCACCGCUCAGAACCUGGAGAAGCUGGAGGUCAAUAAAUACUACGAGGUGAUCCGCGAGCUCGGGAAGGGCACUUACGGGAAGGUGGACCUCGUCAUUCAUAAGAUCAGAGGUAGCAAAAUGGCUCUGAAGUUUCUGAAGAAGAAAAGCACCAAGCUGAAGAGCUUCUUGCGGGAGUACAGCAUCUCUCUCUAUCUCUCUCCGUGUCACUUCAUCAUCAACAUGUUCGGGAUCGCCUUUGAGACAGACGAGUAUUAUGUGUUUGCGCAGGAGUACGCUCCUUCUGGGGACCUGUUUGACAUCAUUCCACCACAGGUGGGUCUGCCGGAGCCGGUGGCGAAGCGCUGUGUGCAUCAGGUGGCCAUCGCUCUCGAAUACCUGCACUCCAAAAAACUGGUGCACCGAGACAUCAAACCCGAGAACAUCUUAAUCUUCGACAAGGAGUGCCGUAAAGUCAAGCUGUCAGACUUUGGGAUGACGCGGCGUGCCGGUUCACCGGUCAAACGUGUUAGCGGCACCAUCCCGUACACGGCUCCAGAACUCUGCGAUACGUCCAAACAUGACGGCUUCUGCGUGGACUACAGCACUGAUGUUUGGGCAUUCGGAGUGCUGCUGUUCUGCAUGCUAACCGGAAACUUUCCAUGGGAAAAAGCGAUGCCGUCUGAUACUUUCUACGAGGAGUUUGUGCGCUGGCAGAAGCGGCGGACGGGUGCGGUUCCGUCGCAAUGGCGUCGAUUUACAGACGAAUCCCUGCGCAUGUUUCGAAAGCUCCUUGCGUUGGAGCAGGAACGCAGAUGCAGCGUCAAGGAAGUUUUCGCACAUUUAGGCCACCGUUGGAUGCUUGAUGGUCAAACUAGCGGAAACCAUCAAUCCGUGCUCAACUCUUCAUCAGAGGAAGACGAGUUGCUUGUGGAUCGUAUGAAGCAGCAGACCUUAUCUCCGACAGCUAACACGAGCAAUGCUAUGGAGCCCGGAUCGGCUAACCACUUCACAUCUGUGUCCACCAAUAGCUCGGUGUCUUCCACUAAUAGCUACGAGCGUUCGGCUAGAGACAGUCCUCCGACUAGCAGGAUCCUGGUCACGACGCCUAUAGAGAUCUGCGUGUAAAUGCACAGCUGAUGAAAAUAACAUGCGCACAAGCUGACGCACACUUCUGCGAUACGAGUUUUGCUGAAUAUUUAGCGCUGUUAAGGUGUGGUCACGUAAGCAGAACAUAUCAGCUACAUUUUACAGACUACACAUAGCUCGAUUUUAAACGAUUUCUAUUGGUUUGCAUGAUAUUUCUGAGACAAAAACGUUUGUUUUGUGACUAAACUCGUUACUUUCGUUAGUUUUCAUGUGAACAUUUAACCCAGGCUCAUUGGAAAUAUAUGUCUUAUCCUACAUUUUUACGAAAGUUGAAAUACGUUGCUUUGGGUUCGUUUUGUUGUACGUUUCAGAUGACAGAUCCACUAGAGGGUGCUGUUUACAUUUUUUGCAAAUCCGAUAUACGUUGCUGUUGGUACGUUUUAUUGUACAUUUCAGAUUACAAAUCCACUAGAGGGUGCUGUCUACAUUUUGGAACGCUGUCUACUGUCUACAUGAAUCUGAAAUACGUUACUUUGAAAGGUUUUGUUGUACGUUUCUGAUACAAAUCUACUAGGGGGUGUUGUUUACAUGUUUCCGAAAGUUAAAAUACGUUGAUUAGAGUAAAUUUUGUAGUACAUUUUAGAUGACAAAUCCAUCAGAGGGCGCUUUGUACAUUAUUGUGAACCAGAAAUAGGUUGCUUAGGGUACAUUUUGUUGUACAUUUCAGAUGACAAAUCUACUACAGGGCGCUACUUUUUUCGAAUAUGAAAUAUGUUGAUCCGAAUUACUUUGUAGUACAUUUUAGAUGAUAAAUCCACUAGAGGGCGCUGUCCAUGUUUUUGAAAAUCAGAAAUAUAUUGAUCUGAGUAACUUAGUUGUACAUUUCAGAUGACAAAUCCACUAGAGGGCGCUGUCUUAUGUUUUUGUGAAUCUGAAAUACGUUGCUUAGCGUACAUUUUGUUAUAUGUUUUAGAUACAUAUCUUGAACAUAAUCAGGAGAAGGCGGUAUUUGUUGAACAGAUCAGCUAGCGAACCGCUGACUUAAACUCUGCACACUGAGACCACAUAGUUUUACAUUGCAUUUAUCUUUUUUGUGGAAGCGUGCCUCAUUUGAAGUUGCCCAUAUGGAGAUAGAUAGGUGACAAACAUAAUCAAUUUCAAAUCGUACACUGUUAAGUUGUCUCAUAGUAUUUAUUUGUUGUUGUGCAAAGAACUGCAUGAACAGAAUCCUUAAUUUGUUGAUGAUGUGACAUCCUUAGUGUGAAAAGGAACAAAAGUAGUUGUCGUCAUACUGCCCCCUAGUGUUCAUUAUAUCUACAAACUGCAGUCAAAUGUAUGUUAAUGCUUACAAAAAUAUUGUCUGAGGCACAUAUUUCCAGCGAGUAUUGUACAAAUGUGCUGAAAAAAGGUAAAUGUGACCACACCUUUACAACACAAAAAAUAGUUGUCCGUUGGCUUGACUAACAUUCCUAACAUCUUUAGAAAGUAGUCUGCAAAAAUAAGAAACGUUGCACUGAAACUGUGAAAUACCACGCAGGUCGUGCUUUAUAAUGCGUAAUAAAUAAAUGGACUGAAAGCUUGAAUGCAGUUCCAGCUCGGGAAGAAAUACGAGGGCUUCCCAAAACAUCUCUAAAGCAAUAUCUGAAGCAAAAAAGGCAAAGGAGAAUAUCUGGCGUCUUCAUUCUUGUGAGGAAAUCAUUUCUAUGAAUGCGCAAACCGUGAGAAUUGGGACUUUCUGAAGAGAGCGGAUGGUGAUUACUGUGAUACUCUACUGUGUGUGUGUGUGUGUGUGUUAUUUUUGUUAUUUAAAGCCUUUACUUCAAGGUUUACGACACUGAUCAUGUCACAGAUAUUGCAUGAUAUACUCAAAGUGUUUAUAAAUCUGACUUGUAGACUGUUGCUUUACUUUAAUUGAUCAGGAUUCUUGCUAUUCUCAGAAAUGUCUAUUUUUUCAGUUGAGGUGUAGUGGUUAACGAACAUCAAUAUUUUGAAUUUAUUUAAUUUUAGUACCUUAGCACAGUUGUGCUGAACUCAUUUUAAUAAAAAUAUGAAGUUCUUGUGGCUGAAAGUGAUGUGAAGGUCUUCUGCACCAAACUAUGGACAAAUGUGUUUAUCCAUAAAGUUUUAGAGUAUUUAUAGUUUCUGAAAAGCGUUGUGUAUUGGUUGUAGUGGUGACAUUAUCUAUUUGACAAUUGACUGGUUGAAGGUGAAAUUUUGCUGUAUAAUCCCCACCCCUUUUUGUCUUGACACUUUUUUCUAUACUGAUUUAAUAAAGCUGUGGCGAAUAAAUUACCUAGAAAUCAGUUUGACAGAAAUUCUCAACUCUAGAUUAGUUUUUAACUGCAGAGGGCGCUCUAGGCUAGAGUUUAACACCAGAGGGCGCUCUAGCCUAGUGUUUAACAGCAGAGGGCGCUCUGGGUUAGUUUUUAACAUCAGAGGGUGCUCUAGGUUAGUUUUUAACACCAGAGGGGGCUCUAGGCUAGUGUUAACACCCUAGGGUGCUCUAGGCUUGUGUUUAACAGCAGAUACUGCUCUAGGUUAGCUUUUAACGGCAGAGGGCGCUCUAGGUUAGUUUUUAACUGCAGAGGGCGGUCUAGGUUAGUUUUUAACUGCAGAGGGCGCUCUAUGUUAGUUUUUAACUGCAGAGGGCGCUCUAGGCUAGUGUUAACACCAUAGGGUGCUCUAGGCUAGUGUUUAACAGCAGAUACUGCUCUAGGUUAGUUUUUAACGGCAGAGGGCGCUCUAGGCUAGUGUUUAACACUAGAAGGCGCUCUAGGCUUGUUUUUAACUGCAGAGGGGGCUCUAGUAUUUAACAGCAGAUACUGCCCUAGGUUAGUUUUUAACAGCAGAUGGCGCUCUAGAUUAAUUUUUGACACCAGAGGGCACUCAAGGUUAAUUUUGACACUAGAGGGUGCUCUAGACUAGUGUUUAACACCAGAGGGCGCUCUAGGCUAGUUUUUACCUGCACAGAGCGCUCUAGUGUUUAACAGCAGGUACUGCCCUAGGUUAGUUUUUAACGGCAGAGGGCACUCUAGGCUAGUGUUUAACACUAGAAGGCGCUCUAGGCUUGUUUUUAACUACAGAGGGCCCUCUGCUGUUUAACAGCAGAUACUGCCCUAGGUUAGUUUUUAACAGCAGAUGGCGCUCUAGAUUAAUUUUUGACACCAGAGGGCACUUUAGGUUCAUUUUGACACUAGAGGGUGCUCUAGACUAGUGUUUAACACCAGAGGGCGCUCUAGGCUAGUUUUUAGCUGCACAAGGCGCUCUAGUGUUUAACAGCAGGUACUGCCCUAGGUUAGUUUUUAACAGCAGAUGGCGCUCUAGAUUAGUUUUUAACACCAGAGGGCACUCUAGGUGAG